AUGGGCAACGACACAAGAGGCAGCAAGUCAUCCUGCCGGCGCCCGCCGCCGACAUGUCGAGAUGCGCUGCACGACGGCGGCAAGUCAUCGCAAGUGUCGAUGGCUCCGAGCUCCGGCUCGGAGGCGCCGCGGGCGAACGUCCGCGCGGUGGCUAUCACCGUCGAGAAGAGUCCGGCGGCGGCUCGCCUGUCAGAGCUCGGCGUCAAGUCCUGGCCCACGUGGGGCGGGCCUCCCGGGAGGUACGCGUUGAGCUACGGCGCCCGGCAGACGUGCUACAUCGUGAGAGGGAGGGUGAGCGCCACGCCACAGCGCGCCAUAGAGUUCGGCGCCGGCGACCUCGUCGUCUUCACCAGGGGGACGCGGUGCACCUGGCACAUCGCCGCCGACAUCGACAUGCACUACGCCUUCGAUCCGUCUUAA